CCGGCUAUUUCCAUCUGCACCACCUUCCACCCGUUUUCACAUCUCAUUGCAACCAUUGUGACCGUGAACGGAAGGGAUUCUUGGAAGAUCAGAUUUCCCACUGAAUUGGCUUGUAUGGAUUGAUCGUGGACGAGGAGAACUAUCACCCAUGAUGACCUCAUCUUCGUACACCUAUAUAAGGAUCCGGGAUGAAGAACCAGAAGACGCGCCCAGGUGCACAUUUUCCGUUCCCUCCGUCCACUCUGUUAUAUCGCAAGCUUAGUUUCUCAAGUUGAAUUUUUUGCUAUGGGUAGUGCGGAUGAAAACGUGGAGACAUCGACGAAGGGGAAGAAACCGUAUUUUGGGAUGACGGGAACGACGCUCAAUGCGUGGGUGACGGUUGCGUGUACGACGGCGAUGACACUUUUCGGUUAUGAUCAAGGCGUAUUUGGAGGCAUUAUCAUUACUGAGAGCUUUUUGGAAACGAUGGGUAAUCCAGAUGCCAACCUUCAAGGAACGAUUGUAUCACUAUACGACAUUGGCUGUUUCACGGGAGCAAUGGCUACGUUCGCCUUUGGUGAACGGUAUGGUCGGAAAAAAACUCUCCUAAUCGGUGUCAUUAUCAUGUCCAUAGGAGCAGUUCUUCAAACUUCCGCCUUCACGGUUGCCCAUAUGAUAGUUGGGAGGCUUAUUACAGGUUUCGGAAAUGGAAUCAAUACCGCCACCGCUCCAGUUUGGCAGAGUGAAGCAUCCAAACCCUCCCUGAGAGGAAAGUUAAUCGUGUUUUCCAUGAUCAUGAAUAUUGCAGGCUUUUCAUUAAGUAACUGGAUGACCUACGGCUUCAGUUUCCUCUCUGGAAGCAUCAGUUGGCGAUUCCCGAUAGCCUUCCAGCUCGUGUUCUCUAUCAUUCUCCUAUCGACGGUUCCGUGGCUUCCAGAGAGUCCUCGGUGGCUACUAGCUCACGGGAGAGAACGGGAAGGCGUUGACGUCCUUGUGGCGCUGGAAGGUGGAGAUACCACUUCAAAGGAUUCACAUAUAAUCGAGCAGAAGAUGGAGAUUCUGGAGGCAGUGAGGAUCGAGAACGAGUAUUCACCCAGUUGGUUGGAUCUGCUGAAAGGAAAAACUGGCAAUACUGGGAUGAUCAAGCGGUUGGUACUUGGGGCGGGAACGCAGUGGAUGCAACAGCUCGUUGGGAUAAAUGUCACCAGCUACUACUUGCCUCUUGUCCUCCAAAACUCUGUUGGCUUGUCGAACACCCUCUCCCGUCUUCUGGCCGCAUGCAAUUCUGUUUCCUAUCUCGCGUUUUCCUUCAUUGGACUCCUCCUCAUCGAAAGCGCCGGCCGCAGAAAACUCAUGAUGUGGGGUGCGGGCGGCCAGUGUGUGUGCUAUAUCCUGAUCACUGGUUUGUUAUCCCAGGCAGACGCCACUUCCCUUGGAGCAAAAUUCGGAGCAGGGGCUACAGCGUUCUUUUUUGUGUAUUACGUGUUCUUCGGGAUCUGUUGGCAGGGUGUUCCUUGGCUCUAUCCUGUGGAAAUCAACUCCCUUGCGAUGCGAACUAAAGGUGCUGCACUGGGUACGGCAAGUAAUUGGAUUUCGAACUAUAUAGUUGUGCAAAUCACCCCCAUCGGUAUCGAGAAUCUUGGAUGGAAGUUUUAUAUCAUCUGGGCUGUUUUCAAUGCUGCUUUCGUUCCCCUGGUAUGGGUGCUAUACCCUGAGACUUCUAACCGGCAUUUGGAGGACAUUGACAGGUUGUAUAGGGAGAACCAGAAUAUGGUAUUUGUCCUCGGGAAGGAAGAGGCGAUACAGACGGAACGGCCGCAGAGGUAUGUCGAUAUGGACCAUGCUAGAGUGGCCGAGGUAGAGGGGAAUACUUCAAUACGACUAGAUUCUAAUGACGAUAAUACAACAAAAGCUGUAUGAUAGAUACCCCGCUACCCCGCUUUCUGCCAGUUUGAUGUAUGCAAAGGGUUGUAAAACCAACCCUCAUUCCUUCUUCAUAUACAUAGAUGGAAUUCAAAAACUGUUUUGUGC